UGCUGGCAGUUUGCCGCUAGAUGCAUCGGCAGACCGCUUUUGUACCUUCGUGAUCGCAGCAUCAUGAUCAGCCAGCUCAGCUGAGGGAAGCAUCCCAUUCCAGAGGUCGCGACUGUCGUCUGUUCGCGAUGAACAUGCAAACUGCAAGUGCAACGUGAGCUACGACAAUAAAAUCCCGAUCAGCUGUUAGAGGUCACCACGCUAGGUAUUGCUCGAGACUGAAAACUUUUUAUUGGAGAGUUGAUUUCUAUCGUAAUGCCGGGCGUUUUGAUUCCAUUGGAAGUCAUGGCGACGGUGGAGAAUGAAGUUGCUGGAGAUGCCUUGGAUAGACAGCAGCAUCUCUUCCACAACACAACUGCUGUUGACAUCCCUGUCAAUGGUCCAGUCAAUCAACAUUGCACAAAACCAGAUUCGUUAACAUUACAGAAAUCUGAUGAUUGUGAGCAUGUAUCAACACCAGGAUGCUCGCCAGUGUCUUCUCCCCUUGGGAAUGGAGACAUUGAUGACUGGAUUAAUGAUGGCACACCUACUAAUGGCUCCGCCAUGAAGUAUUUUUCUCCUAUUGCAUCUGAUGAAGCCGGAGCAUGUUCAUCCUCUGAAGGCACGUACACGAUGUGUCCUCAAGCACAUCCAGAUCUUGACUGGGACGAACUAUUUGCUCUAACAGAUUACAUGGGGGUUGCUAACAAGUCUCCGUACUUCGGUAGUAAUAAUAAUAAUAGUCUUUCUCUUGUACAAAAUAACAGAAGUUUGACAUCUCCCUCGAAAGUUGAAAGUGUAAGCAGUUCGUGUAGUGAUCUUUUUGACGUAUUCAUAAAUCCAGCAGCAUACAGUGCAAGUGAUGAAAGUGAAGAGAGGUUAUCAAGUGUUGACUCGGAAUCAACACUCAGUGAAACGGACAGUGAUGCAUCAAGUUCGAGACCUAGGAAGUCGAGCAUGCGAAAGAGACCACGGACCCCACCUGGUAACCCAUCUAGAAAGUCAGUCAGGUUUGCGGACGCUCUUGGGUUAGAUCUUGAGACAGUUCGCCACAUCCUAGAAAUGGAUCCUUGUCCUUCACCUCCGAUGACAGUUUUACCCUUGGAUUCUUCUUGCCAAACCAUCUCGAAGUCCGUCCAUUUAUGUUUUGAGCAGCCUGGGGGUCGUCCAGACUUCCUUCAGAGGCUCUGUCAGCAGAACAUCUGCCUAGAGAACGCGAUGAUAUCCGACAUGACCAUCAUAGGAACCAUCAAGGUACGGAACCUGGACUUCUGUAAGGAAGUCCGUGUUCGUUAUUCCUGGGACAACUGGGCCACCCAUGCAAACAUCAUGGCAAGGUAUGUUGCAGGUUCAUGCGAUGGACCGACUGAUCGGUUUAGCUUUGGAUUCACAAUUCCUAGGAGAUACGUUGGAGUUGGUGACCAGGUAUUCUUUGCAGUAUUUUACAAGGUUGCUAGCCAAGAAUACUGGGAUAACAACAACGGAUUAAACUACAUGCUUCUGAUUGAUGAAGAGGUCAAAACCAAAGGUAACCGUUGUAGAUGAAGGAUUAACUGGCGAAGAUUUCAUUCAUUAUGAUGUUUGGAAAAACAAGUUUUGUCUCAAGGAUGAUUUUAUGAUGUCAUUAUUAUACUGAAAUAGAUUCAUUAAAGACCAUAGUAUAUCAAAGUAUAACGGUGCAAUCACUUAAGAAAUAGUUUGUGAAAAUAAAUAUGUAUGUAUUUUGGGGGAUAUUACUUUCAAUGACACUGACAAGAAAUUGCCGAGCUUUAGUGUGGUCAAAUCGUUUUCUUGCAGAUUUGUAGGGAGGUAAAUCGGAAAAGUAUUAAUAAGUAAUCACUGAGUUUGUCUGUUAAAAUCAUUCAUUUGAGAAUUAGGGAGCACCUAUAUCCAGAGUCGUGUUCAAAGUUCAUGUUUCGGCUCUUGAAAGUCUUCAUGUGCAUUUGUAUAGGGCCUUUAUUACACGCACUAAUCUUACUUUAUCAUUUAACAUCUUUUCGAUCAAAAUAUUCUGAACUAUAUACUGAACGAAGGCAUAGCCAAGUUAUUCUGCGCAAUCUGCGGCUUGAUAUUACGAUCUUUGAGAGCCUAUUUUUAAUAAUCAUAAGAUGAAUGGCAGGUUUCUGAGUUCUGACCGUUUUUAUACCAAAAAGUGUAUCAUCGUGAAGCCUGGUAAAAAUAACUUAAGAGAAAAUCAAUUUUGGUGAGGGAGGUGCUAUCUAGUACCCAAUUGUUACUCGAUGAUAUUUGUCUACAUUGUACUUCAAUCGACUACGGCAUAUUUUUUUUCCGGUCAAGGUCCCCAUAUACGGCCACCGUAGAGCAAAUGUGUAUUAUUGUGGUAUGUAAUUAUAUAGGGUGACAUUGAAUCAUAUUUUUGUAUACACUCGAAUGUCUGUAGUGGGUCGUACUGAUCGCUUCUUGCUACUGGAAAAUAACGAAGGCCCAAUUAUAGAAGCUCUUGUUGGUUUGUUUUUGUCGCAAAUAAUUCUCUAUCAAUCCAAAAUUUACAUUUAGUACUCUCACCAUCACAUCAAAUGCAUGCUUGUUGAAUAGUUAGACCUCUUCUCUGUUAUACCUACCUUACAAAUUUCAACGCGCUUUCUUGCCCCGGUUUCUUGCUGUCCCACGUCAAAUUUAUAAAGAUGAAAUCCAGGCACAUCCUUUCAAUUUCAGCAUUAUCACUUUCAUGCACGGAGAACGCGGUAAAUAAUCACUACAACUGGAUGCAAGACUAAUGCUCAAUUGAGGUCAAAUCCAGCUAGUCUUUCAUUUCAAACUGCAGUUGAGAUGACGAUUAUCCCCAAUCAUGCUAAUGUUACCCAAAACAAACCCAGAGGCCCGGUCCAGAGGUAAUCAUCUGUUUUAAACAGUUCGUUAUGUGGAGGCCUAAUCAGAUAUGGUUUUAAUUUUUCUUUUUUCAAGGCACCGCCACAUUCAUCUCUCAAAUUAAAUAUUGAAUACUUUGCAUCUUGUGUUAAUCACACAUGUACAAUUUAAUCUUUGUCGAUUGCUAUUCUUUUUCGUUUUUAGAAAAUUGUUUCAGUUUUGAAUUAAUACGUGAGAAAAUAGAAGACACGCGUAACUACUAUAUUAUACACGUAGAGAGUUAUUCUACUCCUCAUUUUUUUCAGGUCCACUGCGAAUUCCGGAAUUCACAGAACUAUAAAAAGAUAAAAGUUCUAUAAAGUAGGAACUAUAACAAAAAUGUUUUACAUUUCGCUGGUUCAAGUAAAUUGAGUACGUUAAGUUCAAAUUGUGUAGGAGUUAUCACUUUUAAAUUUGUAUGUGCAAUAAAUACUAGGCAAAAUGUAUUGAAAUCUAUUUCUAAGGUCACAGUAGAUGAAUACGUAUUAUAAGGAUGCAGGGCAUGCAUGUAUAACAGUGGACCCUAUGUAUCUGUUAAGGGUGAUUUAACACGUCAAACAAAAGAAAUUCAUGGUCAUUGGGUCUCACGAGGCCGAUUUAUUGUAUUCCUGUCAUCUGUUUACUAGUAAUGGACUUGAAAUUCAUUUGCAUUCAUUUACUAUUGCUAUGUCGAACAAGCAAUGUUUCGAGAUGACAAGAACAAAAUGUUUUAAUGAUAAAAUGUUGAUACAGUGAUAUGCAAGUGAGACAACGAUAACACUCACUCUUGUAUGAAUUAUAUGAAUUUUUUCAGAUUUAACAAUAUUAAAGAAAAAUAGUAGGUUACGCCAUCGACUACCUCAUUUAUAUCGACCUGGGCCCGGUCUCACAAAGAGGUGCGUUAGAUUCAAAUCAUACUCGAAUAAUUGUGAUUGAUCUUUAUUUGUGUAUUUAAGAUGUAUGAAUUGUAUGUAAAUACCAAUUAAGUUUAAUUUAAUCUACAGUGUCUCAACUCUUUGUAAGACGGGUCCCAAUAUAUGCAUAUACGUAUAAAUUUCUUGUGACGUUAAACAAAAUUAUGGAAUGUCAUGAAUUAAUUCUUAUUUUACAUCAGGUUUUAAUGGCAUUUUCAGUGCUAAAAAAUAUAGAGCUUGUUUAAUUAUAUUUUUGAUAAACAACCCUUUCUUUGUUGAAUAACUUCAAAAGUAUGCAUAAAAGUUAGUAAGUAAUCAUGCCAAUGUAUUUGAUCAGGUAAUAUUCCCCACUAUAUAAACUUAUGUUCUAAUUCUAUCUUAUUUUCGACCUCUAUAGUCGCUCUAAAUACCGAAACUACCUACUUUGACCUUUCCUUGAAUUUCCUUCUCGAAACAUUUUCUCGAUGCAGAGUAGUAAAACUGAGUUUUGAAAAACGGGAGGGGGGGGGGCAAAGUCCAAUUAAUAUCCCCCCUAGUUCCUGUUCAUUGAAUGAAAUUUUAGAAAUAAUUAUAACCCUAAGCAAGUGAACAUAAAAAUAGCUUGCUAUCUUUUAUUUGUCUCGCCCACCAGAUGUGAAGGCUAGGGAUCCAAAUGUCGACCGUCCGUAACAAAAUGUGUGACACAUAACUUUGCAACAAAUCACUUUUGUACCAAACUUGGAUUUCACAACGAGCUUUUGAUACAAUUCUGUUUGCGUGCCGUCGCAAAUCGCGAUAUUUCUAUUUAGGCCUAUUCCCACAAGUGGGUGAGACACAACGUCGCUUAUGACCUUGUUUUUAAAGAAUAUUGGUUCAGAAUAAUGAAUGAAUAGAUAUGAAAAGAUAUCGCGUUGAGUACAAAGGAGGUAUUGAGCGGCAUACACUCUGGAAUGCUCAAGCCAUCCUGUCUGAAAUUACAAAUUGUUAAUAAUUCAACCAUAUAUCCUCCGUGUUUAACACUUUUGUUAGGACUAAAUCUCAGAUUUUCUUUUAGAUCAUUACCAAGUGAGCUUUAGUUAAACUUUGUUUUGAUUGGAGCGUCCAUGGUCUGAGUCGAUCUACUUACGAAUCAAUUUUAAGUUGUUUUUCUGCUCAAAACCUGUAUGGAAAAAAGUUCCGAUAUUUUUAUUGAGAGGAACUUGUUUUUAUGUUUUGUAUUUACUCUUUAAAAGAUAACUAUAUUCAGUUAUUUGCAAAGCACAAAAUGUAUUACUUUGAAACUUUCAUUCAUUCUUUUCUUACGAAAAUUCCUGAUUGAGGUUGUUUUUUAUAGAUUUUGUAUAUGCUUUUAUAAUUCAAUUAUAACCCGUUUCAGUAUUUGGUUUUAUUCUUGUAAAUUUAUCAGUUUUCGUAUUUGUAUUUUGGUUCACCUAGAAUGAUAUAAAUCAUUUCAAUUUUCGUCGUUGAUAUAACCUUGCUAAAAAAACAGUGUUGCGUGACGUUUUUACAUUUUGUUAACCAUCAAAUAGUCGCACAACAUUUAGUAUUUUAGCAAAAAGCUAUUUGUGAUUAAAUGAAUGUUUUCGCUGUUGUGAUGAUAUUGUGAGCACUUAUGCUUUCUGUCUCUUUUAAAGAAUAUGUUUGGACUCUUCGUUUUCUUAAGGAAUCAAGAUUACGUUACACAAAGCCUAAACUCCCAAAAAGACUGAUUAAAAAUUUAUCCAAUAUUGUGUAAAACGGGAACAUGCAAGUUUCUUGAGUGAGAUUUGUCCCAGUUACUUAAUGCAUGUUUUAUGGAUAAAUUUCAACGAAACAUUGGGUAGAAUUUACACAAUAUUUGCCAGGUUGCCCAACAAACAUGCAUGUUCUGAUGUUCCCUGUUUACCCAAUGUUGGGUAAAGUGUGUUUUAGAGUGUAUUAUAAUAAAGAAUUACUUUGCGGAUGACUGAAGAUUGUCAAGCAAAGUACUGACUCUAAUUCAUAUUUCCAAACACAUCAAAAAUGUCAUGUUCAUUUAUUGUUAAAUAUUGUACAUGCAUUAAUAGAUGAAAUAUUUGUUUUUGCCAUACACUACUUUAAUUAGAUUAUAAGGCAUAUUUGAUGUCAGAAAUAAGGGGAAAAGGUGCGCUCAGAUUGUAGCACUUCAUGUGAAUCAAUAUUAUGAAUCACACCUUAGCAGUAUCAUUCAACAUGAAAUAUACUUUAUACUGAUGGGAAAACCACAUUUUCGUUGUUAGUGUUUUAUGUUUCCAUCAUUAGCACUAUUAUUCUAAUUGUUGUCUUUAUAAUUAUGAGUA